UUCAUUUCACCAUCACCAGCUAAUUGGAUUUUAUCCAACAAUUUAUAUUUUUCAUGCAGGGCUAUCAAAAUUACUGCACCGUAACAGUUUCAAUAUUUUUUUUGGAAAUGAUAUCACCAGGUGUUUAGUGUCGAAUUCUCCUUGAAGUGAUCCUGAAGAACUGCGGUUUCUUCUUCUUUUUUAAAUCUGAAAUACAGAAGAUGUUAGUUGUGGUUUUUAACGAAAAAUGUGGAAAUAGCAAAAUGAAUAGUUUUUUAUGGAUGAAGAGAGGACAGAUUUUUUAAUGUUUGAGGUGUGAAUUGAUUAUAAUUCGACACGUGGGUGCUAUUUUUGGGAUAAGGAUAUUAUCGAAAUGGUAUCAAUGGUUGGAGUGAAGAAGUACUGGCGUGGGAGCUGGUGCUGGGAUUCCAGGUGAAGCUUCACGGCUUGAAGAAGUGCAUGAAGAUCGAGGAAGAUUGAAGAAGAGGUCAUAUAAGCCGGGGGAUAUUCUCCGAAGAAUACUGUCGUGUGUUGGUGCACGCGACUGACGCGUGUGUAGAGGAUGCCGUGGCAAUGUCUGGUGAUUUUAAUUCUGUCUUCGGUGAUUCCUUUGGCGGUUGGAGGUCAACGCUCCAUUCUGCCUGAGAAACUCCAAAAUCAUCAGGAUGGACAAUCAGAAAUCGUCUGGGAGUGUCCAAACAUCACGAAAAUUGGAGUCGAGUGCUCCUGCGAUUUUCCUCACACUCUGAGAUGCAAUGGAGACAGAAAUUCAUUAGAAGUGAUAGGUGACCAUUUGAGAAGCAGUCGCGAGGGAAUAAUUUCGCUGCUGGAUGUGACAGUAACGGGAAUAUCAACAUUGCCAUCGCGUUUUUUACAGGGCGUUGCACUCCAUGGACUGGUGAUAUCAACCGGUGAACUCAGACGAGUAAAUGAUAACGCAUUGACAUCACUGGUUGGACCCCUACAAGCCCUAGGUCUGCCGAAUAAUCUCCUGGAGUCAGUGCCAACAGGUGCCCUCCAGCAUCUCCAGGGACUGGAGAGACUGGACCUCUCGAGAAAUAAAUUGAAGACCCUCGAGGCACUGGCAUUCAAAGGCCAGCAGAGUCUCACGCACCUCGAUCUCUGUGACAAUUUACUGUCCCAAUUGUCUCCCCAGGCAUUUGUGCCACUCAAGUUCUUGCGAUCGUUGAAGAUGAGAGGAAAUCGAUUGAGUGUAUCGGCACUCUCUGCUCUACGUGGUCUCAAGCAUCUGGAGGAUCUUGAUCUGUCCAGGAAUCUUCUGAUUGGUCCCCUUGGGACCAAUUUACUACCCACCAUGCCACGACUGCGGGUACUCACCCUUUCCGAGAAUCAGUUGGCAAUUGUCAAGCAGGGAGCACUUGGGGGACUACCUAAUUUGACAUAUCUCAGUUUAAGUCAUAAUCAGAUCGAUGUCCUGGAGGAUCACGCAUUCAGACACCUGUCAGCCCUGACCCGAUUGGAUUUGGCAAGCAACCAAAUAGUUGCUGUGUCAAGUGCCUCCCUGGCACACCUUGACAACCUAGUUACACUAGAUCUGACCCACAACUUCCUCCCCUCGCUGACGAGCGACCUGAUAGUCCCCUUCAAAAAUCUUGAAGAUCUUCGCCUGGACGACAACGACAUCACCAUGAUCGAUCCCGAAAUAUCCACCUCAAAACUGAAACUCAAACGUUUUACUUUAUCCGACAAUCCCCUCAACUGCGACUGCAAUAUCCUGGAAUUCGCCAAUUGGCUGAGCAAUUCCACUCUGGAGGAGGAGGAUAGGUCAUCAGCGGUGUGUGCAACACCUCCAGCUCUGGAGAAUGGAAUUCUCACUGAGGUAUCACCAGGCAGUCUUUUGUGCGGUGAUCCAACACCACCGAUGAUGACGAAACUCCCCGAGCCCCAGGUACGCCUCAGCCUCAAGGAGUUCCACUACGAGAGAACCGGAAUUCACCAGGGCAUCAAUUUCCUGUGGAGCGUUGAGCCGUGUAAUCAGAGAUAUACAUGCGACAAUCUCAUAAUCUACGAGGAACACAAUGACUCAGAGAUCGAGAUCGACUCGAGUCCAAUCCACUGUCAGUCCAAUCUCAUGAGAGAUCCCUGCAGUCUUCCCAUCACCCUCCCACCAUCUCUGAAUCUUCAAAUCGGUCACAAGUACCGAUACUGCAUCGUUCUCUUCGUAUCAACAUCAACGGACGAUUUCACUCUAGGUCUGGGCUGCAGUGACCUCUUGUUCCUGGAGGAAACCGGGGAAAAAAUCGAGAAUCACCCAGAGCCAACGACAGCAGCUCCCCUCGAGAGGAUUAACGGAGUCCACGUCAACAUCUCCGACGAGGGAUUCCUCAACGUCGACGUCAGCCUGUCCCUGCUGGAAAACCACCUAGACGACGAUCUCUGCAAGGUCUCAGUGAUUGUAUUCGCUGAGGACUUGUUUCUUCACCGCAAAACCCUCAACUGCAGUCGACCGGUUGUUACAGUCCCAGGACUCGUCCCGGGAAGGUACAAAGUCUGCGCUAGUCUUCAGCACCUAAAGGACAAUGGAAGUGUCGCCAGGGAGGGUGGCACCAGGUGCGUCGAGGUCCAGGCAUUUCGAGAGAACAGUGAUAUCAUCAUCCUCACGAUAAUAGCCAUCUCCUGCGGUGUUUUCGUCACGGUUUUGCUGAUCGGCAGGAGCUUACUGAGAAGAUUCAGGACACCCAGGGUACAGACCCAGUGCUUCAGGCCUGCCCAGGAAUUUGAAAUCACACACAAAGCGCAUUACAUACAACUGUUGACUACUACUAAAGUCUGAGUCUCGAAAGAGCUCCCAAAAAAUUCCCAAAAGUGUCAUUUUAUUGUUGAACUGUCACAAUUUGACAGAUUUUUUUAUAGAUUUCUAC